AUGGCGCGCGCCACGUUUAGCGUCAUGGAUCUGCUUUUACCGAAGUUGUUUUGGGGCAUUCUCCUAUGGCUGGUCGUAUUUUACGGCAAGAAGCCGGCAUGCAUCUGCGGGAGGGAGGAAGGCUGGGGUAACGAAUCCGAGGGUCGGCACACACCUAUAUCCGUGGAGCUUGCCACAGUUGCGGUCGUCCGUUCGGUACUUGAUCUCUCUGCUUUCCUCUGCGCGGUCGGAGGCACGGCCAGCCAGACCGACAGCUACGCCGAUCAUCUUGAAGUUGACGUUUUGAUCGUCGGUGCCGGCUUCGGUGGAGUGUACUUGCUGCAUAAGCUCCGCGAUGAAUAUGGUAUGAAGGUCAAGGUCGUGGAGGCGGGCAAGGACCUCGGCGGGAUCUGGCAUUGGAAUUGCUACCCCGGGGCGCGGGUAGACUCGACGGUGCCGGUGUAUGAACUCAGCAUAGAAAAGCUCUGGAAGAAUUGGAAUUGGACGGAGAAAUACCCGGGAUACGCCGAACUACGCGCAUACUUCGACUUUGUCGACCAACAGCUCGACAUCAAGAAAGACGUCGCUUUUGAUUCGAAGGUCGUCCGCGCGCAGUUCGACAAGCCCUCGCAAAGAUGGGUGGUGAAGAUGGAAGACGGGCGGACCGCAUAUUCCAGAUUCUUCAUCUGCGCCACCGGGUUCGCGGCGAAGCGCUACUUUCCCGACUGGCCCGGUCUGGAGAAGUUUAAGGGCAUCAUGCAUCACUCGUCCUUUUGGCCCAACGAGGGCGUUGACGUGACCGGAAAGAAAGUUGCCGUCAUUGGCACGGGCUGUACCGGCAUUCAAAUCGUGCAGGAGACAGCGAAGAUAGCUGCGUCUGUCACUGUUUUCCAACGCACGCCCAAUAUCGCUCUGCCAAUGCAGCAGGAGAAGUUGAACAAGGACGCGCAAGAGGCGCAGAAAAAGGAUUACCCGGAGUUGUACAGAUACCGCCUGAGGACCCCAAAGGGUCAUGCGAUGGAACCCGCGGAUCGCAACACUUUCGACGACACUCCUGAACAGCGCGAAGCGUUCUUCGAACAACUCUGGCAGAAAGGGGGCUUUUCCUUCGUGGCGAGCGCGUACAAGGACCUGGCGUUAAACGAGAAGGCCAACGAUGAGGCGUACCAGUUCUGGGCGAACAAGACCCGCGCCCGCAUUACCGAUCCCGUCAAGCGUGACCUCCUCGCGCCACUACAAAAGCUGCACCCGUUAGGGGCUAAGCGUCCCUCCCUCGAACAGGACUUCUAUGAGGUGAUUGACCGGCCGGAGAACGAGUUGGUCGAUGCCAAAAAGACGCCGAUCGUCGAGGUGACUGCGAAGGGCAUCAAGACCGCCGACGGCAAGGAACGCGAGUUCGACGUCAUCGCCCUCGCCACCGGCUUCGACUCCCUGACGGGCGGGCUGAAGGAUAUGGGUCUGAAGGACGUCAACGGCGUGGACCUGAGCGAGAAAUGGAAGAACGGGACGUACAGCUACCUGGGCAUGACGCUUUCGGGAUUCCCCAACCUGUUCUACGUGUACGGCCCGCAAGGCCCGACAGCGCUCAGCAACGGUCCCAGUUGCAUCGAGUUACAGGCGGACUGGAUCAUCGACGCCAUCACCAAGAUGAGAAAGGAGGGCAUCAGUUCCAUCGAGCCCACGAUGGCCAGCGAGCAGGAGUGGCAUGACAAGGUCGAGAUGCUAAGCAAGAAUACGCUCUUCCACAACACCGACAGUUGGUACAUGGGGGCGAACAUCCCUGGUAAGCCGAGGGAGCAACUGAACUACCCGGGUGGCCUCCCGCAAUAUACGCGGGAAUGUCGCAAGGCGUUGGACAACGGAUUUGAGGGCUUCGUGACCGCCUGA